GCAUCGAUUCUUCACUCCGACAAUCUGCCAUCAUGGCGCCCAAACGGAAAGCGGCGCCUGCGAGCGGCAGAUCCUCAAAGCGAGUGGCCUCCGGCGUGAGCACGCCCGUGAGCAUCAUCAGCGACGAUGACUACUCUGGCAGCGAUGACUUCGACGAGGACGACGAGACUGCGAGCGGAACGAGCGGGAAGAAGGCGCCGGUAGCCAGAAAACUGGACAAUGUGGUGAAGCGAUAUCAGCCUUCCACAUAUCAGAAGGCGGAUGGAGCACGGGCAAAUGGUGACGCGGCGAGCCACCUCUUCAGGCCGACACGGGACUUCUUCAAUGAGUCCCUCAAAGCAGAUCAUCACCUCCGACCGCUAUGGAUAGAUCCGCAGAAUGGCAAAGUAGUUCUCGAAACGUUUGCUCCGAGUUUCAAGCAGGCCCAGAACUUCUUGAUCAAUAUCGCGGAGCCACAGAGCAGGACCACGAAUAUGCACGAGUAUACGAUCAGCCCACACAGCUUGUUCGCUGCCGUAUCGGUAGGCUUGACCGAGCAGGACAUCAUUCGAGAUCUGGAGCUCUUCUCAAAGACCAAGGUCCCACAAAACAUCAUAGAUUUCGUGCAUGAAGUUACACAAUCGUUCGGAAAGGUGAGACUUGUGUUGAAGCACAACAAGUACUUCAUCGAAAGUAAUGAUGCUUCGGUCCUGCAAAUGCUCCUCCGCGACCCUGUUAUCAGCACAUGUCGCGUGGAAGAGACAGAGGAGCUCGUGACAGAGAAGGCAGCAAAGAUGGGUGGCCUCAUCAUUCCCGGAACGAAAGACGCAGCUGGUGUGAAAGAGGCGCAGGCACAGGUGGAAGCCAAUCAAAGAAGGGACGAGGAUAACGAGGACUCAGACGAUGAGUAUGGAGGACGAGAAGCGGAGAAGACGAUGACUGAGUUCUUGAGGGAGGAAGAGGAAGACGAUGAGCUGGAUCAGGUUCAUUCGUUCGAGAUUGACGGCAGUAAGAUUCAGCUUGUUCAAGAACACUGCAAUGUAAAGCUCAAUUUACCACUCACCGAAGAGUACGACUUCCGCGCGGACGACAUCAAUGCCACACUCGAUAUCGACCUUCGACCCAACGUACAAAUUCGAUACUACCAGGAGCAUGCACUUAGCAAGAUGUUUGGAAAUGGACGCGCAAGGAGUGGAAUCAUUGUGCUACCUUGUGGCGCUGGCAAGACGUUGGUCGGCAUCACUGCAGCGUGUACAGUCAAGAAGAGCGCAAUAGUGCUCUGCACCAGCGCCAUGAGUGCGGUGCAGUGGAAAGAAGAGUUCAAGAAGUGGUCCAACAUCAACCCUGAGGAUAUUGCAAUCUUCACCAGUGGCGAGAAGGAGAAGCUCAACCACAAGGCUGGUGUCAUAAUUUGCACCUACAGCAUGGUCACGCAAAACACACGACGUGCGCACGAUAGCAAGCAAGUCAUGGACUUUAUCACAUCCCGCGAAUGGGGUCUGAUGGUGCUCGAUGAGGUGCACGUUGUCCCGGCUGAUAUGUUUCGACGUGUCACGGAGCGCAUCAAGACACACUCGAAGCUCGGACUGACUGCUACAUUGCUGCGAGAAGAUGACAAGAUCAAGGACUUGAACUUUCUGAUCGGCCCAAAGCUGUACGAAGCCAACUGGCUGCAGCUGAGUGAAGAAGGCCACAUCGCGCGAGUGCAAUGUGCUGAGGUCUGGUGCCCGAUGACGACCGAGUUCUACAGCGAGUAUCUCCAAGCCAAGACGACGAACAAGCGCAGUUUGCUGUCGACGAUGAACCCGCGCAAGUACCAGGCAUGUCAGUUCUUGAUCGACUUUCAUGAGCGGAGAGGCGACAAGGUGAUAGUCUUCUCCGACAACGUCUAUGCUCUCGAAAAGUAUGCAACUGGCAUGACGAAGCCCUACAUUUACGGAGACACAAGCCAGCGAGAACGUGAAGUCGUGCUGCAAAACUUUCAGCAAAACGAUGCUGUGUCCACGGUCUUCCUCUCGAAGAUUGGAGAUACCUCGCUCGACUUGCCGGAGGCCACCUGCUUGAUCCAAAUCUCCUCCCACUACGGUUCUCGACGUCAAGAAGCUCAGCGACUUGGCAGAAUUCUGCGAGCCAAGAGACGUAACGAUGAAGGCUUCAAUGCAUUCUUCUACAGUCUCGUGAGCAAGGACACAAAUGAGAUGUACUACUCAUCCAAACGCCAGGCCUUCCUCGUCGACCAGGGCUAUGCGUUCAAGGUCAUCACGCAUUUGAACGGUAUCGACCGCAUGCCCAACCUGGCGUUCAACACUCAAAACGAGCGGAUGACGCUUCUUCAGGAUGUGCUCAUCCAGUCUGACACCACUGGUGGAGUAGAGGACAUUCAAGACGAUCUGUUCAGCGACAAGAAUCAAGCUCGGCAGAAGAAGAAGGGAAGUGGUGUGCGCCGGCAAGCGGGCACUCUUUCUUCGCUCGCGGGUGGUGAGGAUAUGGCGUAUAUGGAGUACUCGAAGAACAAUGCGAACAAGGCGUUGGCGAAACCUCGCAAUGCGUUCUUCAAGAAGGAAGAUCGGUUCAAGGAGAGGAUGAAGAAGCAGCAGCAGGGUUUGCUGGAGUGAUUGUACCUGUAUUUUCAGCGGCGUUUGAAAGGCUCAGUGGGUGAACAGAAUCACCGAGAGCGAUCAGAAUUGCAUUACGGUUGGGUACGGCGGAGUUCAGGAAUGAUCAUACAAGAACAAGACGUUUCUCAACCUGUGUUAUUCAUACAGAGUGCCCUGAGCAUCUCACUAAUCGAAAUCAAUCAUUUUC